AUGGCGGCUGGAAUAGAUUUGACCUUUGUCGUCCUCAUGAUUAUCCGUGCUGUUGGUGCUGAGCCACUUGCCCAGUCGAAACAACAAGCCCCUCUAGCUUCCGAGUUGUACAAUACACACGCCAUAGGACAGCGAACUAGUUCGACAGGAAACUACCUUUUCCCCCAACCGCACCGACGACCUCCGCUCCACUUUCCACCCGACGAACCGAUAACGCCUCCACCUGAGACUCCCCCAAACGACGACAGAGAAUCAGUCGACCUUGACACCACCUCUACAGCCCCGCAUCCGCUCCUACGCUUCUUCUACCUUAGACGUACGGAGUCUGGGAAUUCAAGCCCGGAUUCCGCCCAUUCCACCAGUACCAUAGCCUCCAACCAACCCUUGAGGCAGGUCCUGGGCCGGAGACGACGAGCCCCAAGCUCCGAUCCCGACGACGACGACGACGCCAGCUCUCACGCACUCGACAGCGAUAGUAUCCCCGAGCAGAGCAGCCGACGACGCCUGUCUGCGCAGGCCACCGUCCAGCCCCCCGCUAGUUUCGUGCCCUCCGAGGAACACCGCCCCAAACGCAGACGCGGCGACACGAUGUCUGGUGAGACCGAGGAAUCACGGGCAUCUAAUGGAGCUGCGUUGCGCUCGUCGCCCGGCUCAACCUCGCCAGCCCGACGUGCCGUUACGAACAACGGCACCGCCGGUAGAUACAAGCCCGCCCUUAACGGCUCCUCGCGUGCAGAUCGGGAUGGCGUCCCCGUCACAUAUUUCGGCCACGACCGCGAAGAGGUCACGAGGCUGCUCAUCCAAGCCCUCUCCGGUAUGGGUUACCAGUCUAUCGCGAAGUCUCUUAGUGAAGAGAGUGGCUACGAGCUCGAGAAUACGACUGUUGCCGCAUUCCGAGAUGCUGUUCUAAGCGGUUCUUGGGCCGAAGCCGAACAGCUGCUAUCCCAGGCUGUCGUAGCGGGAGAGCCUGGCUCAAACAUAAACGGACUUAUUCUAGCACCGGGUUCGGAUAGGACUCUGAUGAAGUUUUGGAUGCGCCAGCAGAAGUUCCUAGAACACCUUGAAAGGCGUGAAACUUCUCGUGCUCUCUCAGUGCUGCGGGGCGAGUUAACUCCCCUUGAGUGUGACACGAGUAGAGUCCAUUUUCUAUCUACUCUCCUGAUGUGUCAAUCUAUUGAAGACCUGAAGGCGAGGGCUGACUGGGACGGUGCUGAUGGGACGUCACGGCAAGUUUUGCUCUCCGAGCUUUCGAAAUGCAUCUCCCCAUCGGUCAUGUUGCCGGACAAUAGACUUGCCGGGCUAUUACAACAAGUGAAGCAGAGCCAGAUAGACACUUGCCUUUAUCACACAAGCGCGGCCUCCCCGUCCUUGUAUUCCGACCAUCACUGUGACAGGAGCAACUUUCCUUCGGAAGUUGCCAUCACAUUAACGGACCUCGAAGGCGAGGUCUGGCAAAUCCAAUUCUCACACAGCGGCGAUCGCUUGGCGGCCUGUGGAUCCAAAUCCGAGGUUGUCGCAAGGUUGUGGGAUACUAAGGACCCCGUGGUUGGAUGUGUCUGGGCUCCUGAUGGAAAAUCAUUCACUCUGGGGACACUAGACAAGAGACGCAGCCUUCGAACCUUUAAUCUCAACGGCGACCUCAUCCACGACUGGGCUAGGAAGCACAGGACGCAGGAUGUCUGCGGCUCUCAGGAUGGGCGGUGGCUUGUCGCUAUUGACGAACAGAGGAAGAUCCAUGUGUACAACGGCAUGUCCCGCGAGCUGGAGUACGAGCUGGAGCUGCACGCUCUCCCGACAUCCGUUGCCAUCAGCGAGGACUGCAGGCAUUUGCUGGUCAACAAGAAGGAUGGCGAGGCGCAGCUGAUCGAUCUUGUUACGCGCAAGCUCGUUCACAAGUUCUUGGGUCACACUGGUGGCGAGUGUCUGAUUCGUGCUGCCUUUGGAGGUGCCAAUGAGAGCUUUAUCAUCAGCGGCAGUGAAGAUGGCAACGUGUGGAUCUGGCACAAGAAGACUGGAGCAGCUAUCGACAGGCUUAGUGGUCAUCAUCCGAGAAGCAAUUCCGUCGCUUGGAACCCUGCCGACCCUUGUAUGCUGGCCUCUUGCGGCGAUGAUGGGAAGCUGGUCGAACAAGUCGAGGGGCCAGGAACUGCGAAUGAUGGUGGCCCCGAAAACUCGCCAGGGAACUCCGAGAGCGAAGCUCAGUUACCGUAUCUGGAGAUGCCGACCUUUGGGUCUUUAGGCGAUCCUGAGGACGAUCCGGACAAUUUGGAGGAGUCGGAGGAAGUGGUCUACUACCCCCCCUAUAGCCCUAACAGGGUAGACGAUGACAAUGGAUAUUCAGACGGAUAUGAAACUGGAGAAAUCGUUCCGAAACAAGCGAGCAUGGACGAAUCCGACUCUCCUCUCCCGAGCGACUCUUCAACCCUUUCUUUUCAGAACAGCGUGAAUUAG